GAUCAGCCACCAACUGAAAACGAAACACUUUGGAAUAUUCCAUCUCCUGUGUUCUAUUUUGGUUACCAUUUACCCUGUGUCAGAGGAGCCAAAGAAUGUAGAAGCUAAAACAUCUUCUGAUUAUACUUUCAUAUUUCUACUUUGUUAACCAAUAUUAUCUUUCCUUCAUCAAUUUCCAGGACAAGCAGAGUUUCCUCCAACUGAAAAUUAACUAGAUAAAGGAAAUAUAUAUCCGGAAAGAAGACUGCACUUGCCAACAUUUUGUUACGGGCCUCACUUGUUCAAUGUAAAUGUCGACCAAUGUCUUGGACCCUAAUCUGAUUUUACUGAAGACAGACCAAAUUUACUGGAAAUGAUGCACUGAAUCAUUCACAAAAUCAAAUCUAAUGAGUAGCUACAAGGAACAUUGCUUCAGAAAACAAUGAUAGGCUGAAUGAAAUACUCGGGGCUUGAGCUUAUAGGUUGCCACCCACUGCACGUUCUUAGCCAUGUUCCCACAAGGAUUGCUGCCUUGGGGGAAGUUCUGCCGUUGGUCCAACCCAUGGAUGCAUUUCCUGGCCUUGACAAUUGCCACAUUUGGCGUGCUAGCUCCGCUAACUUGCCAGCAGCUCCUCCAUUCUUACUUUUAUGUGCGACGCUGGUACUUGAACCCCAUGAGUCAAGAUUUUAUCCAGAAGAACCAAGAAGAGGGUAUGAAGGCCCUCCGUUACUUUCAGCAGCUGCAGAUCUCCAAUAUGCCAAAGACAUUGGUUGGUGGGACUUUGCCACCCCAGGUGCUGCUGAUCACCAUCAUCACAGUGCAGAGGAACCUUGAGUUCCACUACGUGCUGCAGGUGGCAUCCCGCUUCCACCGCCUUCUCCAGGAAUGUGGGCCCCCCUGCCAGUACCACAAAAUCUUAAUCUGCAAUGUGGACACUGAUCCUGACAGCCACAUGGAUGCCAACUUACUUGCCAGGUUCUUUUCUGUAGUGAAACGCUACAGUGAAGAACCUCCAGAGCCUCCAGUGAACCGCUUUGAAAAGGAGAAGCGGGAUUACAUCUAUUGCCUUGUGAAAUCACUUGAUCACUACAAUCCAGAUCAUAUUCUUCUGGUGGAGGACGAUGCUGUCCCGGAGGAAGAUUUCUUUCCAGUGUUGCAUCACUUGUUGCAAACACGGCUCUCUAAGUCGCACCUCCAGGAUGCCCUUUAUGUGAAACUCUACCAUCCUGAGCGACUACAGCAUUAUCUCAACCCGGAGCCCAUGAGAAUCCUUGAGUGGCUUGGAAUAGGCAUGUUUUGCGGCCCACUGCUGGGGUUUCUGUACACUAGGGCAUCCAGGCGCUCUAGUCUGAGUUGGCCCAUCUUGCUAUUUUUUGCCUUUUAUAGCAUGCUGCUGGUAGAGCUAGUGGGUCGGCAUUAUUUUUUGGAGCUUCGCCGCUUGGCCCCUUCGUUCUACAGUAUUGUGCCUGCGACCGAGUGCUGCACUCCUGCCAUGCUGUUCUCGAUCCCGUCUGCCUACCGUGUCUUGGAAUACUUUCAUAACCUACAAUGCCGCCAAGGCUUUGCCAAAGAUACCGCCCUAUACUCACUACUGCAUCAGAAGGGGGAGCAGGCAUUUGUGGUGGAACCCAAUCUAGUCAGACACGUGGGGAUGUUUUCUAGUGUCAGGUUCAAUGAUCAUCCAAAAUUAAUUUGAAGAGCAAUUUACUGUUGAAGAGUGAAAAGGAAACAGAGCACAUUGGGUGACAUCUGCAAGGUGGAUAUUGCUUCUUUGACUGUUUGGAAGUAAACACACCCAUAUAUAAAAACCAAGUGUGCUGAGAAGGUUUAGUGAACCCUUUUCCCUGAAAUGCUUAGGAGUAAGUAAGGGUGGGGUAUCAACAUAUAACCCUACAGUUAUUGAAUUUCAGUAGCCACCCUGCCUCACUAUUGACUGGAUAGGGUUGCAGUUCAACAACAUCUUGAAGGCUGCAAGUAGCCAUUUCUGGUAUAGAGGUACAGUAGAGUCUCACUAUCCAAGCUAAACGGGCCAGCAGAAGCUUGGAUAAGCGAAUAUCUUGGAUAAUAAGGAGAGAUUAAGGAAAAGCCUAUUAAACAUCAAAUUAGGUUAUGAUUUUACAAAUUAAGCACCAAAACACCAUGUUACACAACAAAUUUGACAGAAAAAGUAGUUCAAUAUGCAGUAAUAUUAUGUUGUAAUUACUGUAUUUACGAAUUUAGCAUGAGAAUAUCAUGAUAUAUUGAAAACAUUGACGACAAAAAUGGCUUGGAUUAUCCAGAGGCUUGGAUAAGCAAGACUCUACUGUAUAUCAUGAGUCAGGACAAAACUGCCGUGAAAUAUGCUGUUAGCAAUGCAAAACGGCACUCCUGUAAUGAGAGCAAUCACACAAAUCACUGUGUAGCACUUGUAGCUUUUGUGAAGAGCUUGUUCUUUAUCUGUCAGCGAGCAGUUGGGUGGGAACACCACUUCUUGAAAAGAUGAACACGUACAACUGAUUUUAACAGGCACAUUACCUUCCUUGGGAGGAUCAAGUUGUCUUUACACAAAACAAAAUCUUUUAUAGCAGCCUUAGCCUUUGUGACCCACAGGUAGCCAUUUUUAGAAGAAAGGGUGGGCUCAUCGAAAUCAUAAGAUUUAUUUUUAUCGAGCAUCUGCCUUGGUAGCACAGUCCUCCUACGUUGCAUUCAGUUUUGUUUGUUUUGGCGGAUGUGGUGCCUUUCUGCCAUGGAAGUUCAUCAGUUUCAAAUGCAGUCAAGAGAGUGCUUGAGUCAAGUUGCACAUUCUCUGUGUUGAAAUCCUAUCUGCAUUUAGCUACAAUCACCCUCUGGAGAUCUGGAGGUGCUGGCUCAUUUUUGUGCCAUUGUUUUCUUUUUCCAGCAUACUUUGCCAUGGAUACACCUACACACAUCUUUAGUAGCAUUUUCCACCAGUUGCCCAACACUGUUAUUUGAUCUCUUCCAAAGAUAAUCAAGUGUCAUCAAAGGCUUUCAUAGCCAGAAUCGCAGGGUUGUUGUGUUUUUUUCCGGGAUGUAUGUCCAUGUUCCAGAAGCAUUCACUCCUGACGUUUUGCCCACAUCUAUGGCAGGCAUCUGCAGAGGUUGUGAGGUAUAUACCUCACAACCUCUGAGGAUGCCUGCCAUAGAUGUGGGCAAAACGCCAGGAGAGAAUGCUUCUGGAACAUGGACAUACAGCCUGGAAAACACACAACAACCCAUAAUCAAGUGUCCUUUAGAAGGAUAGCUUUCUGCAGAAGUAAUGAACCUGCAGGCGUCCAGAAGUUUUUGAUUAUGCUAUAUCUGGCCACUAGCCAUGCUGGAAGGAAAUGAUAGAAGUUAGGGUUCAACUACAUAGAUGUUCCUCAUCCCUGACUAAGCAGAUAAGUGAAAGUCAGACUUUUUCAGGAAACAAAUACAGUUAGCUCUCCGCAUUUGUGAGUUUAACUUCUGUAGAUUUGAUUAUCCCUUCAUUUGAUCAAUAUGUUCUUUUUAGGACAGGCAUGGGCAAACUUCGGUCCUCUGGGUGUUUUGGGCUUCAACUCCCACAAUUCCUAACAGCCGAUAGGCUGUUAGGAAUUAUGGGAGUUGAAGUCCAAAACACACGGAGAGCCGAAGUUUGCUCAUGCCUGUUCUAGGACCUCCAAAAUGACUCAGUGAUCAUCUCCCACUGGAAUUGCCCUGGAAGACAUAGAGAUUCCUACAGAGGUUGUUUCACAGGUGGAAAUUACAGUGUGUUUUUAAAAGUUUGCCCUUAACCCUUGCAAACGUGAAGGGCCUACUGUAUUCUUUUCCAUCUCUUGCUCCAGGUGCUAAUCUGACCUCCAUUGGCUUUCUUAACAAGAAGUAGAAGUGCCUUAUCUAGCUAACACAAGCUUCUGGGAAGCAUUUUUUGUCUUGUUGUACACUCUGAUAAUCCAGAUGAACAGCAAAUAUGUCUUACACUGACCUUUUCUUUGUUUUCUUGAAUUGCUAUGCGUUGGUGUGUACACAAGAUAAUACUUUUCCAUUGUAUUUCCUGACGUGUGGUAAAAACGUUUCCUUCCCAGGUGGCAGGAUGACACAAGUUCCUCAUUUUCACCCUGGACGGGAUGUGAAAGUUUAGCACAAGUUAGUUUUACCCUUCGUGGUAGAGAAUUUUGUGGAGACUUACUCUACAUGCCCGAUGAGGAGAUUCUCUGCACCAACGGACAUUUAAGAUAGUGGAGAGCAAAUCUUGUGCCUCAUAGGUGAGACAGAAAGUUCUCAUUUCAAAACUUCAGUCAUAAGCCUUGCUUUGAAUCAGGAUGUGGCUUGGAUCAAAGCAAUGCAUACCCGAGAACCAUAAAAUGAUUGUGUUUUUGAGUUUUAGCCAUUAAGUGCCAAAUGGAUUUGUUUCCAUGGGGUGAUAAAUCCAUUCUGCUGUUACGGUGCCACAUCUGAUUCCAACUGAGUUUCAGCACAAGGAGAGGUCUCGUAUAACUUGUAAGGAGCCAUCACGAAACAGCGUAUUUGUUACCCCCAUGGCAAGUGUCUCCCACAUGCUCUUUCAGCCUUCAAUGAGGCAGGCUUCCAGGCUCUUGAGCUUUGGUGCUCUUCCCCUUGCCUAUCAUGACUAGAACAUAAAGUGCUCUGAAAAUGACACAAGCAAACACAUGCCUCAAGAAGCACCUGAAGUAUAUGUUUCCAUCCCCCAUGUGACGUUCUGCUUUCUGCAUGUGGCAUUUGGCAACCCAGCUAUAGAGGGAGCAAUUUAGAAAUGCCAGGAUGCAACCGGUACUAUCCAAAGUGAUCUUCGCAACAUGCCAAUCUUAAAACUGGUUCCUUUUUCCCUUUCUUACCCUAGUCCUUUCACUUGCUGCCUUGUUUACCUAUAGCUGUGGUUCUCAACCUGUGGGCUGUGACCCAGCAGUGGGCCACGAGAGCAAAAAUCCGGUCCGUAAACAUCCUUCCUCUUUAUUUAUUUUAUUAAUUUUAUUUCCAUUCCUUUCCGCAGAGCUGACCAUUACAUUGGAUAGACCCCAUCAGAUCUAGAUUAUUAAAUACGGAUUUCUGGGGGCAAGCAGAUGGCAACUACUGGGUGGCAUAUGUUUUGUAUCAGAAACUAGAACUGAUGUAGUCUAUCCAAUGCAAUUUUUUGGAUCAGCUCCCCAAAUAACCAAACCGAAUCUAAAGAUGACCAAAAACUGAUUCAUAACCCUUUUGGUACUAAGAUUGGAGAGUUGGUCCUGGUCAAAAAAAGGUUGGGAACCACUGACCAAUAGGUAAGAGAAUAUUCUCUGGUCCAUGAGACAUUUUGAAAACCCAAGUCUCACCCAAUGAAGCCAAUGGCAAGGAAUUAUGGAUGUAGACAUUGAAAGGAUUUGGGGGCCUAAUGUUUUCUAUCUGCAAGCAGCCAUCACGAAUGGAGGGAAAUGCAUUGGGGCAACUGCAGUAUUGACCUGUGAUAAAAGUUUCCAGCUAAUUUAGUUUAAGGGGUUGCAUCUGAUGUCUCAGAAGGGGAGAUUGGGGUCCUGUCAGCAUUGGCCUGGGGUUGAUGGGAAUUGUAAUCCAACAUCAUCACCUGUGCCAUAUUGUCCAUCCAUAAUGCAUAUGACCAAACAAACCAUUUUUGCCUUGCCCAGAAAACCGUGUCAGAACUUUCACCUCAAAAUGUCAGCAAAACAUUUGUUAUCACGCAUACAUAUUUAUAUAUACAGUAGUUGGAACUAUAGAUAGAUAUUAUUUACUGAUCUGAAGCCUGAUCUUUCAGAGCAGUUGGCUUAAUCACAACCCAAAAUGCUAUUUUACAAACUUCAUUUUCUGUUUUGUAGAACCAUUUUGUUCCCUUUUGGAAAUACGUUGCUGACCACAGGGGGUUGCUAUAGUACUGCAACGGCUUGAAUGUAAAACUGAAUUCUGAACAGAAUGAGCUCAUUUUACAUCCGAUCGGUUAAUUCAGACUUACUGCUUUGGAAGUUCAGGGAAAGCCUGGCCUCAAAAGAGGGUUUUUUAAAGAGAAAAUGGUGAUAGUAAUGACCCCUGUGGCAGUUAACAAGACAAAUCCUGUUCUGAAAUCUGACAUGAGCUGGCAAUGGGGUCAGCAAUCUCCUCGGUCAUGAGAAGUCAGCUUUCUUAUUUUCAAUACAUAGGUUUUGAAAAAAUCUAAUGAUUUAACAUUGGGGUUACAAUAAAUCAAUUUAAGAAUAAA